AUGUCUGACGACGAGUACACCCCGCUCAACAGAAGGGCCUCCCACACCUUCCUUGACUCGCCUCUCGGCUCGUUCAAGGGACCCAACUCCUUGCACAACUUUGCCAGUUCGUUCACCAGGGCCCAGUCUUUCGCUGCCUCCAAGAUCGAUAACGAUAUCCACAAGAAACGGUCGUUCUUCGUGGAAAACAUCGAUGGCGACGACUAUGAAGAUGAACUCUUCGACCCAGAGUUGAUGGUCCCCUCUAUAAGAGGUGAACGUUUGAGUACCGUAAUCCAUGAUAUCUCUAACAGGAACCAGCUUUUCAUGAAUGAGUCCAGCCUCUCGCCAAACAACGACGUAUUCUACCAGGAAGAUAUCAUUAGUGCAUUGAACGAGGGCAGGUCCAGACACAACUCCGUCCAGGGUAUUGGCAGUGUUCCAAUCCCUAGAAAUCGCAUGUACCCAUCUCCAUCGUUCUCCAGUUUUAGAUCUGCCAUUUCUCAAGUCACCACUGCGUCCCACAUCAACUUGAAGAAAAUCGAAGACAAGGACGGUAACAUCGUCACUGUGUUGGCUGGUCAAUCUACCGCACCUCAAACAAUUUUCAACUCCAUCAAUGUGUUGAUCGGAGUCGGCCUUUUGGCCCUCCCAGUGGGAAUUUUCAAGGCAGGCUGGAUUAUCGGUAUUCCAUUGUUGAUCCUCUGUGGUUUGGCAACAUAUUGGACUGCUUCAUUGUUGUCAAAAUCAAUGGAUACGGAUAGCACUAUCAUGACCUACGCUGAUUUGGGUUAUGCGGCUUACGGAUCCACUGCCAAACUCUUGAUUUCAUUAAUGUUCUCCAUUGAUUUAUUAGGAGCUGGAGUUGCAUUGAUUGUAUUGUUCAGUGAUUCUUUGUACGGAUUACUUGGUGACGAAGAAGUCUGGACUAAAACCCGGUUCAAGAUUCUCAGUUUUUUCAUUUUAACUCCAUUUACAUUCCUUCCUUUGCCCAUCUUAUCGGUGUUCUCACUUUUUGGAAUUCUUUCCACAAUUUCAAUCACUGCUUUGGUCUUGUUUUGUGGCUUUUUGAAGCCCGAUUCUCCAGGCUCUUUGUUGCAGGUCAUGCCCACAAACUUGUGGCCCCAGUCAACCCCAGAUUUAUUGUUGGCAAUCGGUAUUUUGAUGGCGCCAUUCGGGGGUCAUGCUAUCUUUCCUAACCUCAAGAGUGAUAUGAGACAUCCUUACAAGUUUAAAAAGACCUUGAAGGUCACCUAUUUCAUUACCUUGCUUACUGACCUUUCCAUGGGGGUUUUAGGCUUCCUCAUGUUUGGUCACCAUUGCAGCAAUGAAAUCACCAACACCCUUUUGGAGACUGCUGGAUAUCCAACUUGGGUCUACCCACUUAUCAGUGGUUUGAUUUGCUUGAUUCCUCUUGCGAAGACUCCAUUGAAUGCCAAGCCAAUCAUUUCCACCUUAGAUGUUCUUUUAAAGGUAGACACUCCUAGUGAGAAAUCGGUGCUCAGGCUUGUGCAGUCAGUUGGCAGAUUUUUUGUGAGAAUUGGUGUCAAUGCCAUUUUUGUUGUUUUGGCCAUUCUCUUCCCAGAGUUCGAUAGGGUUGUGGGUAUUUUGGGGUCCUCAAUCUGUUUCUUGGUAUGUAUUAUUUUGCCAUGUUUGUUCUACCUCAAAUUAGGUGGACAAAAGGUCAGUGGCUUCGAGAAACUCGUGGCCAACUUUGCUAUUGUUGUGUCUGCAUUGUUGGCCGUGGUGGCCACUUGGGCAACCUUGAAGUUUUAG